AUGCUCUUCUCGGCUAGUUGGGACAUCAACCCCCAUCUUGAGUCGUUUUACGUCGUCUCGCGUCGCCUAGCCUCGUCUCGUCUGCUUGGCCAAUAUGCUGCAAGGCUUGUCACCAUCUCUUCUGCCGUCAAAGCUGGCUCAUUCACACUCGGGCCAUCGUCUCAUCGUCUAUUUUUGAUUCGGCCAGCGGCUCAACGCGAUUCGGCCGUUUCAAUCUGCCUUUUUCCCUCGGCUCCAAUAGACUCACCGUUUCGUCUCCCACUUGUUAUUUUCCUCACCCUCCUCUACUUCUACCUCUCACUCUUUUGGCUAUCUGGAAUGAUCUUUCAUUCUCUCUCUCUCUCUCUCUUUCUCGUUCUAUCUCUCUCCUUCUUCUUCUUCUUGCCAUCUUUCGCUUGCUCACUUUCUCUGUCUCGUGCCGGCCGUCUAUGCGUUCAUUCGGCUGUUUUGCUUGGUCGUCUUCAACUGUCCUGUGCCUGGUCGCUCGGUAGAUUGCCUGGGCGAAAUGUGCUUUCUUUUGUUGUGCAUCAUCUUCAAAUUGACGGUCACCUGUUUUAUGCGAGGGAUUCAGGCUCGACUCGCGGUACCGACCAAUCUCGUCUGGACUGGCCAUUCGCGAACGGGAGACCGGACGACACCGACCAACGGCGCUUGACGGCUCCGACGGCGACGGUUGCUGUGGUCAUCUGUUUCGGGACUGAUUUGCCAGUUUCUCUAGCAAAGGCAGCUUCCACAGGGUUGGCUUUUGUCGACGAAACAUCGCCUAGUUACCAAAUGGAUGGUUUCGAGGAGUGGUCACUCGACAAAUGGGUCGUGUUUGUGUUGUGUUGUGUUGUAGAGGAGUGA